AUUAGCGGCGGCUGAUCUGGUGCUAAUGGGAUCAGCACCGCCGGCUCCAGCAUGACGUUCUCUCACCUUGGGCUCAUGCAGGAGUUUUCUGGAGCUCCGUGUCUCCGGAGCUCCGUGUUUCUGUGAAGGUUUGACGGAUUCUGGCCCCGGCAUGGACCGCCCCGACUCCCAGACCCCGGCUCUGAAACCAGUCCCGUCGUGUUCAGCCUCCUCCGUCUGGACCCGGUCAGAACUUUGAGAAGCUUCUCCCACCAAAGCCGACUUUGACUUUCACGGAGCGUUGGUUUGAGCAGGAGUUUCCCGAGAGGACACGAUGCCGUUCCUGCUGGUGAAGUUCGACCUGCAGAAGCGGGUGAAGCUGGCCCAGGGCCUGUGGAUGCUCUACUGGUUCUCCGUCAUCGUGGGCAUCGUCCUCUUCAGCCUCGGCAUCUUCUUCAAGAUCGAGCUGCGGAAGCGGAGCGAGGUCAUGGACAACAGCGAGAGCCACACGGUGCCCAACCUGCUGAUGCUGCUGGGGCUGGCGGCCUGCGGCCUCAACGCCCUGGGCGGGAAGAUGUGCCACGACUCGCUGGACCCGCUCAAGUUCUCCAAGCUGAAGCCCAUGCUGAAGCCGUUCCUGCUGGUGAGCGUGGGCUUCAACGUGCUGCUGCUGCUGCUGGUGCUGCUCUGCUUCCUCAUGCAGUUCUCCGUGUACCUGACGCUGGCUGAGGGCCUGAAGAACUCCAUCCGCUUCUACAAGGACACGGACACGCCGGGACGCUGCUUCAUGAAGAGGACGCUGGACAUGACGCAGAUCGAGUUCCGCUGCUGCGGAAACAACAACUUCAAGGACUGGUUUGAGGUGCAGUGGAUCAGCAACCGCUACUUGGACAUGAGCAACGACAUGGUCAAAGACCGGGUCCUCAGCAACGUGGAGGGGAAGUACCUGAUGGACAGUGUCCCGUUCUCCUGCUGUAACCCCGGCUCGCCCCGUCCCUGCAUCCAGCACCACCUGACCAACAACUCGGCCCACUACGACUACGACCACCGCAGCGAGGAGCUCAACAUCUGGACCCGGGGCUGCCGCGAGGCCGUCUUCUCCUACUACAGCGGCAUCAUGACCGGCAUCGGGGGGCUGAUCGUCUUCACCUUCGUGCUGGAGGUGGUGGACAUGGCCGGCCUGAAGUACCUGAGCACGACUCUGGAGACGAUGGCCGACCCCGAGAACCCGGAGUGCGAGAGCGAAGGCUGGCUGCUGGAGAAGGGCGUGAAGGAGACGUUUGCUGACAUGAUGGCCAAGAUCAAGACCCUGGGGAGAGCCAAUACGGUGGAGGAGGCCGAGGAGGCCCCCGCGGCCUCCAGCUGAGGCCCCGAGGCCGAGGAGGCCCCCGAGGCCUCUGGCUGAGGGCCCCCCCACCGCAGGGGACUGUAGUCACCCGCCAGGCAUCACCCCCCCACCGGGGACUGUAGUCACACACUAAAGCCUGGGAUAUACUUGCUGUUGGUGCUUGCGUUCUCGUCCGUGCUCGUCCAUUUACGUCCGUUCUCCUGCACCACCAACUGCAACGUCGCUCUAGUACGCAAGGAGAGCUUGAGAAUUCCAACAAUUAGCACAUUAGAACAACAAACUCGUUAACAUGACACAUUGCUUUGGUUCCGAUCUCGGCAAAGGAAACGGCGCCAGCGACAUCCACGUCGUCACUAGCUGGUAUCAGACCGGGACCAGCGCCACUCGCAGGCCAGAGCCAGAACUGCAGGUCGCUACGCGUUCAGUGUCUUUUUGAGAACGUGCACGUUGAUGCGUCAAAUAAACGCAGGAUACGCGUGACGGCCGUGACGGGUACGCAUACGCGGUCUGAACUGCAAGUAUAUCUCAGGCAUCACACACACACACACACACACACACACACACACACACACACACACACACACACACACGCAGGUGAAUGUCAGUCUUUUUAUUUGUAAAUAUGUUGAUCAAAGUUUAUUUUUUAACUGUAACAGAACUGUGUAUGUAAGUAAAUCCCAAAGCCCCGCCCCUUCCCCUGACAUCACGGCUCCGUCUGCAGCCGUCGCCGCGGCGCGGCGGUGCGGAGCCGCCCGGCCGGCGUCCACACGUACGUUGCAGCUCCACAGUUCGUCCAGCAGAGGGUGCAGAGUUCAUCUGUGGAGAUUUCUUGCCAAACGUAUUUGUUUACUGUCACACUUUUAUGUACGUCGUAGACGUUUGGUUCUGGUCCCCGUGCAGUCCGACCUCUGCUUGGUUGCCAUGGAAACAGAUGGCCAUAAACUGGGCUAACCGCUCUGCCAGGCAGGAGAACAUCAGCAGGAACAUCCCUGGUUACGCAGAGCUGCACACACACUUCCUGUCGGCUCCUGUUGUUCCUGGUACAGGAAAACUCCCUCCGUACUUUAGUUACCACAAGUAUUUUAGCUUGGGGCGCUUAGCAUACGCUCUGGCCACGUUUCCACGUAGCCGGUAUUUACAAAAACUGAUAUUUCUCUACUUUUUUCUAAAAAUUUUGACUUUUUCUCAAUAUUUCGACUUUUUCUAAAAAUUUUGACUUUUUUCUCGAUUUCUUUCUCGAAAUUUUGACUUCUUGACAUUUUGACUUUUUUCUCAAAAUUUUGACUUUUUUCUCAAAAUCUCGACUUUUUUCUCAAAAUUUCGACUUUUUUCUCGACUUUUUUCUCAAAAUUUCGAUUUUUUUUCUCAAAAUUUUGACUUUUUCCUCGAUUUUUUUCUCAAAAUUUCGACUUUUUUCUAAAAAUUUCGACUUUUUCUCAAAAUCUUGACUUUUUUCUCACAAUUCUGACUUUUUUUCUCAAUAUUUCGUCUUUUUUCUCAAAAUUUCUCAAAAUUUCUCAAAAACGUAUAUUUCCCCCUCUACGUUUCUAAAAAUGCCAUCAUUUCCAGGAACCUGCAUAAAUAUCUGUUAAGGUGCUAUGAGCAGCCAAACCUACAGGGGGCAGUGUAACGAGAAGAUAAAGUCAUGCUAGCCAAUCAGAAUCCUGGAAAAAAACAUCAACAAAUGACACGAGUAACUUCCAGUUACUUCCAAGAUGAACCAGAGUCUUUGGUUUGGAGUGACAGAGAAGUGGAGUUACUUUUAAGUGUGACGUUAGAAUAUAAAACAGGUAAAAUACAAGAAAAUAUUGACGGUUACAAACUAAUUGUAACCACAGGUGUCACUCAUGACGCUGGUGACGUUUCUGUCUCAUAAUGUGACGUUCAGGGUGAAACGGCGACUGUUUCCCAGAGUUUUUCUUUCUUUAAUUCGCCACAAAAUAAAACCUUUUAAAUCAAUUUGACAGUAAAAACUAUGAAAACAGCAAUGAAAUAAUUCACCUUGACGGAUGUAGAUCUGUGAUUACAAUUUGAAACCCAAAGUUUUCUUUAAAUCAUUUUUGUUCUUUCUAAAGUGUUUUCUAUGCUAAUGUAAGAGCUUUGUAAAAGCUUUGUGUGUUGCAGUUUAAUGUACGAGGUUUUAAAGACGAGGCCUCUCUCUGAUCUGUGUUUCUGUGGUUUUGUGUCUCGUGUGUCGUCGUCGUCGUGAUGUUUGACGUCGUUGUGUCGGAGCUUGUACUCGCUCUGCUGUAACAGUAAUUAUAAAAGAUUCAACAGUAAUUAUAAAAGAUUGU